GGCAAUUUGCAUUGAAAUAAUUUGUUGGUCAAGUUUAACGACGAACACACAAAUAAUAACAAUGCCUAACAAUUCGGUUUACAUAAGGAAACAUUUAAUUCAAUGCAAGUGACAAAAAGCAUACAAAAGCAAAAAACAUAAAGCACGCAACGCCAACAACAACAAAUAUAAGAGGAGCAGCGCACUAAUUCAACGUCUGUUGGUAACAGACGGCGGCGGCUCAGUUCAAAAAACAAGGAUUGCAACAUGAAGUUACUUGGCAAAUAUGUAGACAAGGGCAUGCAGGGUAAUGUAACUCUCGUGCCCGAAGAGCCGGAGGACAUGUGGCACGCCUACAAUCUGAUUGCUGAGGGUGAUAGCGUCCGUAGCACCACCAUACGAAAGGUCCAGAAUGAAACGGCCACCGGGUCAUCCACCAGCAGUCGAGUACGCACCACACUGACCAUUGCCGUGGAGAGCAUCGACUUUGACACGCAGGCCUGUGUGCUGCGUCUGAAGGGUCGCAACAUCGAAGAGAACCAGUAUGUUAAAAUGGGCGCGUAUCAUACCCUCGAUCUGGAACUGAAUCGUAAAUUUGAGCUGCGUAAACCAGAGUGGGAUACAAUCGCUCUUGAGCGGAUUGAUAUGGCCUGCGAUCCCACCCAAUCGGCUGAUGUUGCGGCGGUUGUUAUGCAGGAGGGAUUGGCCCAUGUCUGCCUCAUCACGGCCAGCAUGACACUGGUGCGAAGCAAAAUCGAAGUGUCCAUUCCGCGUAAGCGCAAGGGCAAUGUGCAGCAGCACGAAAAGGGCCUGGCCAAGUUCUACGAACAAGUCAUGCAGAGUAUAUUACGCCACGUCAACUUCGAAAUAGUCAAGUGUGUACUCAUUGCGUCUCCGGGCUUUGUGCGAGACCAGUUCUACGACUAUAUGUUCCAGCAGGCGGUCAAAAUGGACUACAAAGUGCUGUUGGAUAACAAAAGCAGAUUCAUGCUAGUCCAUGCCUCCUCCGGGUUUAAGCAUUCGCUCAAAGAGGUUCUACAGGAUCCCGCUGUGAUAGCUAAAAUGUCUGACACAAAAGCCUUGGGUGAGGUUAAGGCUUUAGAGACCUUCUACAUGAUGCUACAAUGUGAGCCAACCAAGGCUUUCUAUGGCAAAAAGCAUGUGCUGCGUGCUGCAGAGGCGCAAGCUAUUGAAACCUUGCUAAUUUCCGACAAUCUAUUCAGAUGCCAAGACGUAAAUCUCAGGAAAGAAUAUGUUAACUUGGUUGAAUCAGUGCGAGAUGCCGGUGGCGAGGUGAAGAUAUUCUCCAGUAUGCAUAUAUCGGGCGAACAACUCUCUCAAUUAACGGGCAUUGCGGCUAUUUUACGUUUUCCCAUGCCGGAACUGGAAGAUAGCGAUGACGAUGACGAUGAAGACGGKGCAGCGGGCGGCGACAACAGCGAUAGCGAUUGAGAAAUAUGUAUCCUAAGGAUCCUGUAGCAUUUUUCUAUUUAGACGGUUUAUUUUACAUACUCGAGAAAAAGGGCGACGAACGCAUAUUCAAAAAGGCAAAAACGAAACAUAAUAAAUAUAAAUAUAUAUAGCGUAAUAGGUACUACUUAUGACAGACUUGGACUGUGUCAGGGCAUAUACAAUAUACGAGUACUAUAUAUACAUAUACAAAUAUUUAGGUUAAACGAUGCAAGCGACAAAUUGUUAGUUAAAAUAAAAAAAAAAAAAAAA